AUGGCUGACAAGAAGCCCUUCCUCGAGGCCAUUGCCGCCCGUCGAACCAUCUACACCAUCAGCCCAGAGAACCUGCCUGUUCCCACCUCACGCGUCCAGGAGAUCAUCACUCAAGUCAUCAAGCACACCCCUUCCCCCUACAACGCCCAGACUGCCCGAGCAGUUAUCAUUUUUGACGACAAUCACCGGAAGUACUUCGACGCCGUAGAGAGCGGCCUAGAGAAGAUCCUCCCACCCGAAGUCUGGAGCGUCCUUUCCGGCUCUAUCAAGAGCUUUCGCAGUGGCGGAGCAGGCACCGUCUUGUGGUUUGAAGACGAAGAGGCGAUCGAGAAGCUGACCACAACCCACCCGGCCAUCGCUCCGUUCGCGGAGAGCUGGAGUGACCAGAGCAACGGCAUGCACCAGAUCAACGCCUGGACUGCACUCGAGGCCGAAGGCUUGGGUGCUUCGCUGCAACAUCACCACUUCGCCCCCGAUGUCAUGAGCUACUACCAUGAUGCAUUGAAAGUCCCCAAGACGUGGAAACCCAAGGCUCAGCUGGUCUUCGGAACACCGACCGCGCCGGCUGGCGACAAGGCUUUUGAGCCCAUUGAGGGGAAGCGGUUGGUGCUGGUCCAGUAA